GGUGCCAUCGACAUCUGCGAAGCCAAAGACAUCCUCACGGAGGAGAGGCGCCACAUCCUGAUCAACAUCCUCUUACCACUGGCGCUGCAGCUGCAUGUGGAGCGGCUGAAGGUGAGGCAGGUGCAGGGCACCUGGAAGGUGACCGGCAUGGAGGGCGACGUGUGCGGCGAGUUCAAGGUGCCGGAGGAACACGUCACGGUAGGCUUCAGCAACAUCGACUUCGUGCUGUACGUUGCCUCGGUGCCGAGCGACACGGACGUGAUGGCGUGGUCCGCGUUCUGCCAGGUGUUCCCUGACGGCCGACCUGCCGUGGGUGUCAUCAACAUCCCGGCGGCCCACAUUCGGUCACCCUACGACCAAUUAAUGAUACGCACCGUGGCGCACGAGGUGGCGCACGCCCUCGGCUUCAACCGCAUUUUUUUCGACAGCUUCGGCAUGGUGACGGCCGCCAUUGGAAUUCGUGGCAAAGACUAUUAUGCUCCUGUGCUCAACACCCCCACGGUGGUGACCAAGGCACGCGAGCAGUACGGCUGCACCCUCUUGAGCUUUCUUGAGCUGGAGGAUACGGGUGGCCCUGCCUCUCUUGGCUCGCAUCUUAAGGGGCGCAACGCCAAGGACGAGCUCAUGUCUUCUGUCGUUAAGGGAGGGUACUACACCGCCCUGACCAUGGCCGUCUUCCAGGACCUCGGCUUCUACCAGGCGGACUUCAGCAUGGCCGAGGUGAUGCCGUGGGCCUAUCUCGCCAGCUGCGACUUCCUCACCAAUAAGUGCAUGGAGAGGAACAUCACGCAGUGGCCCGGGAUGUUCUGCAACACCACUGACGUUCUUCUGCGCUGUUCCACUGACCGACUGACCCUCGGAACGUGCAAAUUUACCCAACGGAAAAGGCCGCUGCCGACGUACUUCCAGUACUUCACUGACUCCUUCAUCGGCGGAUUCUCACCGUUCAUGGACUACUGCCCGUACGUGGAUACCUACCCCGACGGUGCUUGCAAUCAGGACCCAUCGAUGGCAUCGCCUUCUUUAAUGGAGUUCAACGUCUUCUCCGACGCGGCGCGCUGCUUGGAUGGCGUCUUCAGACCGAAGCACGGCAUCGUUCACGGUAACCACUACAACGGCUUGUGCGCCAACGUGAAGUGCGACAGAGUCCACCACAGGUACAGCGUCCAGGUGUACGGCAGCAGCGGCUACGUCGCAUGCACGCCGGGCCAAAGCAUUGAGCUGGCCACGACCAGCACCGCCUUCGUGGAAGGCAGCUACAUUAUGUGCCCGCUGUACGUGGAGGUGUGCCAGGCCAACAUCAAGGGAGUCAUAGACUUCGAGGGAGACGCUGCCGACACAGCGGCGGCGUGA